UCGCGCUUUCCCCAUCUCGCCAUUGGAGCGAGCGAAUCGAACCCUCGAUCGAGGUUCUCUCCCGUUCGAGGAGGAGGAGGAGGAUGCCGAAGAACAAGGGGAAGGGGGGGAAGAACCGGAAGCGCGGGAAGAACGAGGCGGACGACGAGAAGCGGGAGCUGGUGUUCAAGGAGGACGGGCAGGAGUACGCGCAGGUGAGCCGGAUGCUGGGCAACGGGCGGUGCGAGGCGGUGUGCAUCGACGGCACCAAGAGGCUGUGCCACAUCCGGGGCAAGAUGCACAAGAAGGUCUGGAUCGCCGCCGGCGACAUCGUCCUCGUCGGCCUCCGCGACUACCAGGACGACAAGGCCGACGUCAUCCUCAAGUACAUGAACGACGAGGCCCGCCUGCUCAAGGCCUACGGCGAGAUCCCCGACCACGUCCGCCUCAACGAGGGCGUCGUCGACGAGGACGACGCCGCCGCCCACGACGACUACAUCCAGUUCGAGGACGAGGACAUCGACAAGAUCUGAGCUGAUCCUCUGCUUUCUCCCAACACUGGUACUCUAUGCAAGAAACGAUAGAAAAAUCGCUUCUUGUGCUUAUUAUUACUUGCAUCUUGCAGCGCUUGCCCCUUGUGAUGUUGUAAAUUAGUCACGGUAUAUAUUGUGAUGUCUCAAGGUUGUGCCCAAUAAUCUUGCAUCGAAUUGGUCGCUUUGUGCGCGAUGGGAGUGAUUAGUUUUGUUCCCACA